AUGGCACCUAUCUACCGUUCAGACAAUGAUGAGCUUCGUAACGUUCCACCAUCGAUUGAACGAGAUUUCAGCGAGGAGACUUCUGAAUCCAGUUUUCAAGCCUCUGUUUCGUCUAGGCAAGACGUAGGCGAUGAGGAUGCAAGAUCUAGAAGGGAGCUAGAAGUUAUGCGGAGAUAUGGGUUUGAGCCACUUCCGGUUCCUGGGAAAGAAUCAUUCUUUUCGAGGGGAUGGGUUGUUCUGGUGAGUUGGUGGCUUUUUUGUGCUAUUCCGAUGGCUUGGUGGGAAACUGUGAUUCUUGGAACUGCCCUGAGGACCUGGGACUAUGAGGUUGGGAUUCGGUUUUUGAGAGGUGAAUUUUCGCAGUUGUUUGUUCCUGAUCUUGACGCCAUCAAUUUUGUGAUUGUCAAUGUGGCCUUGCUCGUUCUUUGGCGUUAUGAAAUCAACAAGAAUUAUGAUAUAUACUGGGUUGUCUAUUUCAAAAAGAACGUGAAAAUGUGGGAGGAGAUCAAUAGGCGGUUGGAUCAGGAGUUGGCAGAAGAAUCGAAACAAGAGCGCCGACCUCGUGGACGUCCGGAGAGAACAAGUGAUGAGAGGUCCGUUAGCACAGAAUCCAACCUCGAUAGGAAUCGCUCACUUUCAGCCCGUUGGAAACACAAGUCCUUGGACAAGACGAGGACACCACAUGCGAAUGGAACAGUACAACCGAAUGGAGCGGGGAGCGCGAAUGCAACGGGACAGGAGAAAUGGAAAAGAUCUAAAAGCUGGCGGGAACCUUCUGUUGCUUGA